AUGGAUUCUAUGAGAUCUCUCAACACGUCCCUGCCGAGCUCGACCCCGCGUUCGCAGCCACCAGAGCAACUCCUGCAAGCUUUCAAGGCCGCCGCUCUAUCUGUCACCAACCUUUAUAAGAAUGCGGUUUGCGAGCAGGCUCAGGCCAGACAAACUGGCUAUCAAGACGCUCUGGAAGAUCUUCUUCAUUUCUUGGACCGUGAGAAUUUAGGACUGGGAGAUGGAGAGGGCUGGCGAGUUCGACAAUGGGCAACAGAGAAAUGUGAUGGAACUGGAUCUCAAAGCAGUGAUGAGGAGGAGCGUGACUCGGAGAAGCGUGAUCGAAGCGCCACUCCAGCCAACCCUCGCAAGGACCCUGAACCCACGCCUCGUACAACCUCUACAUCGAACCCGGCCCCCCGCUCCGACACCAAUAACUCCGUUGUGACUCCGCAGCCCCAGGAGAGCCCCAUGGCAGCUCCCACUAUUUUCACCUUUACAGCUGGACCAGCUUUCCCACAAGAACUCGAUAUGGAUCUGCAGCCCUCAGAUAAUUCGACAUCGCCUUCGCAAGAUGGUGCUCCCGUCAGCGUCUCUGUCAUGCCUCGAAACUCCCGCCAGCAACACCGCCACAACAAUCUUAACCGUCCAGCCAACCGUUUCCCUCCUCGCGAGUCCCCGUCUAGCAUUGGUUCAAAGCGAAAGUUCACAGUCCCCGAUUUCUUCGACCUAUCUGGAAUGUCAAAUGGUCGGGAUAUGUUUGGAGGCGGCAAACGCGGACGCUUCACCUAG